AUGGCAACAUACAAAUCUCCCAGGAAGCUUGACCUACAAUCUCCGGCAGUCGAGUUCAUUGAACAUUUAACCAGAAAGAAAAAUCAUGUCUCGUUAUUUUUUGCUGCUGUGGACUUGAGGUUCGAAGUCGAGCUGAAGGACUCGCAAACAAUGACCGUGAACAUACUUGGGAACCUAAUCUCGGGAAGCUACAAAACUGUCACAGCAACAUUCACCGUGGGGGAAGACACGACAGCUAGCUGCCUGACGUACACCUUUGAGUUCGAGAAGAUUAAAUAUAACGUCAAUGAUGCAAAGAUCGUUGAAUCUCUAGUCACGUACAUUUAUCUAAGCGAUGUCACCUAUAAAACGAAAGUUAAGCACAACUCCAUUGACGCUGCUGGGUAUCCGCCCGAAGAAUGCUUUAAAGAUUUCGUCAACGCAUUUGAAGUUGAUGAUGAGGUGAAGAUGGGUGGUGUGGAUUGGCAGAAAAAGACGUUUACGAUCAGCGUUCCUUCCAUGAUGGAAAAUUUCGAGACGAUCAAAGUAACCAUCACUGUUAUUCCUAAGAACCAAGGUAGCCGCGUGAAAUGGACCAUCGAGGUCGAGAAGAUUGAGGACUACACCGAAGAACCAGACUAUUUCCUCUUCGUAGUCUGUUCUAUCCGGAGGUUGCACGCGACGAACCACCCGUACCAGAGAUACGGUCCAAAGGGUUUCAUGGAAAUCAAGGUCCUUCCCAGAAGCGCCGACCUCUACGUCCGCGUCGACUUGCCGGGAGUUCCAGACAACGCUAUCCGCUACAGAGUCGACGCCGUGAGACAAAAGCUCGUCUUUUUCUCCGGUGAAGAAUCUCUCCGCGUCGGCGUCAAGGCUGAGGACGUUCGUGAGUACUCUGGAUCCGCCGGUCUCGGCUGUGACUGCUGCCAGAUCACCGGAGUCGAUGCCAAGAUGAAAGAUGGAGUCUUGAGGAUGAUUGUGUCAAGGGUCAACAAAGACCGUCAAGACAACAAGUGUACCCACUUUGUCCCUCCUAACGCAGGAAAAUCUGGAAGAUACGAUUACCGACUUUCAUCUGAUGAGAGAUACAAGUACGAUGUGAACUCGUUUAACAUGGAUGGAGUGGUGGAGGAACAUCCGUUUGUGGUGAAAGGGCAUAAGGAUGUGCUCGCUCUCCAGCAAACGUCUGAUGGAUGUGUCCACUUCUCAGUGGAUAUGCCAGGUGUUUGCGGUGAUGACAUGUUCCUGCUUCCUAACGAGAAUGAGAUCAAGUUCUACGGUGAGAACAAGGAGGUUUAUGAGCACGACGAGAGUUGCCGCAUUUUCAUUGGAGCCGUCGACAAACGCGCUUGUUGUGCCUAUGGGAUUCCACUUCUCGAGCACAACAUCGCUUGGGAUGCAGAGUUUGGUGUUCUCAAAGUCCGUGUUACACCACCUCCUCGUCGCAACAACAACAACUGAGUAAUCAUAUCACUCUUUGGUGAUAUCUAUCUAUCCACUACGUACGUUUUUCAUUUUAAUGUUUUCUGAGACUUUAAUUAUGAUGGAACUACUAAGUGUUGUGUUUUUUUAGUUGAGACUAUUGUUAUGUGCUUUUGUGUUUGUGAUGGAAUCCAGUG